AGCAGAGCUAAAACUGGUGAACAGACCAGAGCAGUGACAGAGCUGUGUGUGUUGAGUAUGAGGAUGAAGACUCCUGGAGCUGUGCUGCUGUUGCUGUGGUCUGGUGUGGUUGUGGUUUCAGCAGAGAGUGGAGGCCUCCAGCAUAAUGCUCCAGGUGCUUCCGCAACCUCCGACGAAAAGAUUAGCCUGUCUGAUGUCAAUACUCUACUGAGGGAGAUGAAAACUCUACUGACGGAGCAGACAGAGGAGCUCCGACUGGCCAAAGCCCAACUGGUAACCGUGGAGACCAGACUGAAUGCCAGUGAGAAGACAGCAGAGACCAUGGAGACCAGACUGAGGGCCAGUGAGGGUCAAAUAUCGACUCUGCAGACAACAGAUGCAGGAAGAAAAAUUGCUUUUACAGUCUCCCUGGAGAUAGACACAAACAGAUACACAGGGCCCUUCAAUACUGGAACAACCCUGGUCUACAAACAUGUCAUCACCAACAUACUCAAUGUAUACGACCCCCGCACAGGAUUCUUCACAGCACCGGUGAAGGGAGUUUAUGAUUUUAAUUUUUACGUCUAUGGAGGUGGCGGCCCUAUUGGAAUUGGAGCUCAACUCCGUAGGAACAGGGAGAGGCUUUUGAUGGCGUUCACCGGUGGAGACGAUCAUUCCAUAAGCGCCUCAAACGGUGUGAGUCUGCUACUGGAGGUGGGAGAUGUGGUGGAUAUAUACCUGCCUGCCAAUCACAGAAUAAUAGACAACGCACACCAUCACAGCACCUUCAGAGGGCACCUGCUAUUCCAGGUCUAACACACACACACACACACACUGCAGGCAGUCAGCUGACCAUUUAGGAAGUGUGUUAUCUGUUGAACCAAGAGAGAAAUACAGUACAUACACACAUACAGUCAAUCUAUCCAUCCAAUCAAUCAAUGAAUCAGAAGUUAAAAGUUUGGUAAUUCACAUUCACUUGCUAGUUGGCUUUUACUUUCACUGUGCACAUUCCAGAAGACAGGGAUCUGCACUGUAUGGUGGUUCCUCUUUAUCAUACGCUGUUUCACAAGUAUUUUUAUAUAGAAUAUGUUCAUCCAGACAUCAUGUGGGCAGCAGUGACUCAGGAGGUAGAGGAGUCUUCCAGCAACAGGAAGGUCGCUGGUUCUAGCCCAACUCUUCCUGACCCUGCCGGAGUGCCCUUGAUCAAGACACUGAACCCCAGUGCUCCCGAUGAGCAGUUGGUGGCCUUGCAUGGCAGCCUCUGACAUUGGUGUGUGUGUGUGUUUGUGGGUGAAUGUAAGGCAUUAUUAUAAAGAGCUUUGGGUGUUUGGAGCUAAUUAAAAACUGCCAGUAAAAUUGUGCAAUCUAAUUUUCACAUCUAAAAUAAAAUGUUGUUGGACCUAC